UGAAAUCUUGGUGAGCGGCCAUUCGCUGUUUUCCUGUAAUGUGGGCGGGGGGAAAACGUGUUUUGAAGGCCAAUCACGUCGCAGGUAGCCCCGCCGCCCUCAAUUGCAAGAAGCUGAUUGGAUGUUCUGACACAUAAACGACACCAGCCCAUGACAGAACUUUGAGCUUAAAAAACAACUACAACCUACUUUGGGAACUUUUAUGCCGACAUGUUUAAAUAAUGAAAUAAAAUACGUCUGGGAAGUUUCAACACAGAGAGUUCUGUUCCUUAAUUUAUGGACUUAGAAUCCUUUCAUUUGGUGAGGGAAACUCAUGGCAGGUAACAGUUUCCAUGGCAACGCGCUUCCUUGCAACAUGGACUUCCUACACUGGAGUUGCCAUGAUGUUGCAGGAUGGAUUGAGUCUUUAGGAUUUCCUCAAUACAAACAGGCGUGCUUCACGGACAACCUGAUCACUGGAAGGAAGCUCAUUUACGUCAACUGCAUCUACUUACCGAGGCUGGGAGUCACCGAUUUUAAACAUAUGCAGGUCAUCUCUGCGUGUGUGCGCGAGCUACUGGGAAUCACAGAGACCAGGUGGAGCAGCCGUAGCAUCGCUGAUCCCCCGCAGGACACCGUGAGCCUGUUCCUGGAGAAAAAGAGCCGCACAGGUGGACAGGCGGACAGCCUCACCUACCAGGCCUUCCUGGAUGACAUGUGUCACAGAGAGAGCGAGAGAGAGAGCGAGAUCGACAUGCAUCACAAAAGUAAAGGAGGACAGUAAAACCCAUGACAUGUCAGUGUCAUUUCCCACCAACUGUCAGCCCAUGAUGACUCAGAUGAGACACUCACAUAGGUCACAUGCAGGCCUUCACAUCAACACUUCCCACCAGCGUGUGUGCUGUUGUCACCAUGGCUCCUAUAAUACUAGUAUUUCUGCUUGUGCUUGUGUUCAGGCUGUAAAACACACCUGCAGUGACUGAAAAUCCACAUAUACUGGGACGACUUUACGCACAACAAAUGAAACAAAAGAUGUUAUCAAUGAUAUUGUUUUGUGUGCAAAUAA